AUGGCCGAGGCUUCGGGUCGUGAAGCACCACCCCAGCAACAGGCCAGGCGAACCGACGGCGAUCCCUUCUCUGCGUUCUCCGACAACCUGCUGGGCGCCGUGCUGCUGCGCGUGGCGUGCAACGGCGUCAGAUUCGUUAGCCAGGAUCGUCCUGUGACCGACGAGGAAGAAGCCGAUGCGGCAAGGAAGAUCGACGAGGCCCUCCUUGAGCAGCUCCCCUCUGAGACCGCCUGCCUGCAGCAACUCACGAAGCUCAGCAUGUCUUUUGACGAAGAUGUUACCACAUUACCAGCGGAGAUUGGCAGUUUGGUGCGACUGAAGCGGUUGCAAAUCCGGUCGACUUCCCUCGUGCUGCCUGAUUCAUUUUGCGGGCUGCCCGCGCUGGAGUACGUCAGCUUGCGCGGCUGCGAUUUUUCCCAUCUGCCCAGCGACGUCGGGCAGCUCCGAAACCUCAAGAAACUCACUCUCAAACUCCUGAUGCAACUCGUCGAGCUGCCCGCCUCCAUCUGCCUCCUCUCUGCCCUUACCAGCCUGACCAUAGAGCACUGCCAUGAGCUCGCAAAUCUGCCCGAAAACUUUCACCAGCUGCCGAAUCUGCGCACCAUCCACCUGGAAGCGCUAAUCGCCCUCACUGCCCUCCCAGAAUCCUUAGGUCACCUGCCAGCGCUGCGUGACCUCGCCAUUCGAGACAGCGGUCGCCUCAAGCACCUCCCGCACUCGCUCUCUGCCAGCCGCACGCUCGAGCGCCUCUCGCUUCACAACUGCCAAGCGCUCUCAGCCCUGCCGGACGCCAUGGGCCACAUGCCCACCCUGCAACGCGUCGACCUCAUCUUUCUCGACGCCCUCACGGCCCUUCCGGACUCCCUGGGUCGCGCCUCUCGCCUCCGCGAGCUCAAAGUCGUCAAUUGCAGCCGCCUCGUGGGUCUCCCGCGCUCGGUCUCCGCCAUGUGCUCCCUCGCCUGCCUCACUCUUGACGGUUGCGCUGCGUGGGCGCUGCCCGAGGAUUUCGGGCAGCUGUCGAAUCUUGACCAGCUGAAGCUGUCCUGCGAGCGACUGACCGCCCUGCCCAGGUCGUUCGGGCAGCUGGAGAAGCUGCAGGAGCUGAGGCUCCACGCCUGCUACGGGCUACUUGAGCUGCCCGCGUUUUUUGCAUAUCUCUCCUCGCUGGAAACCCUAGCCAUCUAUGGGGGAACGUCGCUCAUCUCCCUGCCGCCCAAUUUCGAGCAGCUCCCGCAGCUGCGCUGCCUGGAGCUCUUCAACUGCGCGAUGCCGAGCCUGCCAGAGAGGUUCGGGCAGCUGCCGAAGCUGGAGGUUCUCAAGGUGGGGAGCAGGGAGAGCUACACGAGGGACGGCGCGGAUCCAGGGCAGCCCUCCUCAUCUGCUUGCCCCGCGGCGCUCUCAGUGGCCACGCUGAAUGAACCGCUGUUGGGGCGCUGCCUGCUGCGCUGCUUGCCCCCGUCCUUCUCUUCCCUCACCUGUCUGCAGCAGCUGGUCAUGGACGGGUGUGACGCGCUAGAGAGCUUGCCAGAGGGGUUGGGACGGCUGGCUGGGCUGCAAGUGCUGCGCGGGGCGGGGCGUUCAUCCGCCGCUGCCCCUGCUGCCCCUACUGUUGCUGGGCAUGUUCCUCAUUCCUGGACACAUCCCUUUGCGCGCCCUGCUGCUUGCUCCACUCCGCUCCCCAUGCUUCACAGCCUGGAGAUCUCCAACUGCCCGACUCUAACAAGCCUUCCACACGGCCUCGAUGCUCUGCCGCGGCUGGAGCAAUUCACCCUGGAAAAAACCCUCCCGCGCCUGGCGUGCCUGCCCGAGAAUCUCGGGCAGCUGAAGGCCCUGAAAGAGUUCACGGUGGAGUCGUGUGAUGCUCUGGUGGGGCUGCCUGCAUCCAUCGGGCUCCUCUCCUCCCUCGUCCUCCUCUCAUUCAGCGAAUGUGAUCAGUUCUCCUCUCUCCCCGCCUCCAUCGGUUCCCUCCCCCGCCUCGCCUCCCUCAAGCUCAACUGUCUCCCCCGCCUGCGCCGCCUGCCCGAGUCGCUCCCCCUCCUCCCUGCCUUGGUGAUCCUCUCACUGGAAGACUGUGAGCAGCUGCAAGCGCUGCCGGAGGGGCUGGCGGGUGUGGGGACAUUGAGGGAGGUGAUAGUGGCGGGGUGCUGCGAGCUCAGCUAUGUUCCCCAGUCGCUGCUGGCGAGGCAAAACGUGAUCGACCUGCAGCUCAGGUGA